UUUUCUCCACGUUAAAUGCUGAAUAUCUAUUUCCCCAGCUUUGAGGAUUAUGUGGUUAGGGCCAGAUACUACUACAGACCUCAAGCACUCCAAAUACAGGAUCCCCGUCGUUAGUCAAGCCCUUCAAGGUUGUGGAGGUUAAUUCGCUAUCAGGUUUGAAGGCCGGUCAUCGUUCGUACUUGUUGAUGGCGGAUGAGGCGUUUGUCAUAACAGAUCAGGAAAGACUUGAUCGCCUGAAUAAUGAAGCCAGAGAGAAAAGGAACAGAGAUAUACCCUUUACACCAGACAUUUCUCAGCCAUUUUAUAACUUUGUGGAAAAAAUUUUUGGAACUGAGAAACCUUACGAGGCUGGACAUGGGUUCCCUUUAACUUACGCAUCUGGAGGAAACUUUCUCCACCGCCCUUUCCUAGAUUUCCCCGCCUUACAGAUGGGCACAUCAUGGUUUACGAUGCAGAAUGUUUUUAGUUCAAGAUUUUGCCAAAUCAUGGAGCGUGACUUCUUCCGAUGUGUUGCAAGAGUUGGCCUUCAAAAUACAGACAAGCAUUGCAAAAUAUACUGGGAAGAUUUGCUUGAAUGUCAGAACCAUGAUAAGGCUAAAAAAAGAGCUGUUAUGAUGAAAAAAGUUAGAGAGGUAAAGAAAAUGGAGCCAAUGGCCACUCUGCCGUACAGCGCAUUUAAAGACCCCGACUUCUGAUGACAAUUGACUUUCCAUGUUCAUUUCCAAUGAUAUUUAUGAAUGACAGUUUGUUUUAUUAGUGUAGAUCUACGUCCUCAAUCUGUGACUAGUAAAAUCUUGUUUGUUCAACAAUAAAUCAAUUUAGCUCUCAAAGUAGUCUGAUUGAUACAUAUGUACACAAGGUUUUCGCAUUCAGCUUACAAAAAACAAUUCAUCGUAAAGCUUCUAAGCUGUUGCAUAGAACAAGAAAUUCUCAGCCCAUUGUCGUAGUCUGCUUUUCAACCAUAUCGACAAUAUAAUCUUGGCUACAGUUCGAUUAUCCAAAGUUCUGAAAUGCAAAUGUCGAAAACCUAAUGGGUUAACUGGCUGUCCGACCGAGUUUCCAGUGUAGUCUUGUCGGCCUUCAAAAAGAAUGGGGGACCCUUAUCUUUCAGCAUUAAGGUUUUACCAUGAAAAUUGAACUCACUAGAGAUUCUUUCGACAGACCUCCUAUCCUUAUUACUGAAGACUGAAGACUGACCUAAAAACUGUUUUUUAUUUUUUUAACUUAACGGACAUCGUUAAUUGACGAAGUUUGAGUCGUACCCCCUGAUACGUUGUUUUAUGACACCGUGGUCCA